AUGACGACAGCAGCGGUAUUCGGCUGUACGGGGGCAGUGGGCUCUCAGAUCCUCGCAACACUCCUCGCCACAGACGCAUUCUCAUCGAUCAAGACAAUCUCAAGGAGACUCCCGAAUGCCCAGUCUCCCAAGCUCCAAGCCCUCCAGGAAAGCGACAUCACGAAAUGGGGCGGCAUGAUCUCCUCUCUAUCCCCCAAGCCAUCAUCGGUCUUCAAUGCAGUUGGCACCACAAGAGCGACAGCUGGGGGGGUCCAAAAUCAAUGGAAGAUCGACCAUGACUCCUGCAUCGAAAACGCCAAAGCAGCCAAAGAGGCUGGAGUGAAAACGUACGUGUACAUAUCCAGUGCAGGGACCAGGGGUUUUCCCUCUAGCUACCUCCCGUACUCAAAGAUGAAGAUUGGCGUGGAAGAUACCAUCAAGGAGCUUGAUUUCGAGCACGCGAUCAUUCUGAGGCCGGGUAUGAUCAUCGGAAGGGAGACUUCUAAAGCCCCACUGUUGGAAUACAUUAUUGGGAGUCUGAAUAAACUGAGUCAGGGUGUCCAGGAUAUGAUAGGUCAAGACCAAACCAUGAUUGGUCGGGCAGCUGUCGCGGCUGCUCGUCAGGCGGAAGAGGGGAAAGCGCCGUCGAAGUACUGGGUGCUGGAGCAGGCUGAUAUCGUCAAGUUUGGCAGAGAUGAAUGGAAGGAUUAA